AGUGACGAAACACUUGGUGUGUGUGUGUGUGUGUAGGAGGAGGAAGUGUGUUCUUGCCUCCAUUAGUGCCCAGUAGCAGCAGGAGGACGCUGCGCUGCUUCUUGUUCUCUGGUUUUAAACGGAUCUAAUUCUGCAGCUCCUGAUCUGAACGGUGUGGAGUGCUGCUGUUUUUCUGAGGCGAAUCUCCAGAAGAAAAUAACAUGGCGGACUUUCCCUCCAAGGUAACCACGGAGACUAGCUCCCCACAGCCCCAGCAGGGGGCCGGCCGGCUGCGGGGGCUGGUUUCCAGCACCACCUCCAGGAUGGACAUGUCGUUCCUGCGCAGUGUCCCAGCGGCACUCAUGGCGGCUGAAAUGGUGUUGGGUCUGCUGCACUGGGCUCUGAUUGCCGCCGCCCCCUACUGGCUGUUCCCUGCCUACGGCUGGGUGAUGUUUGUGGCCGUCACUCUGUGGAUCCUCACCACCCUCCUCUUCCUCGUCCUGCUCUUCAGCGUCCCCCAGAUCCUCUCCGCCGUUCCUUGGACCAUGACUGUGAUGAUGUAUAACGGAGUGGCCGCCCUGCUCUACCUCACCGCCUUCCUGACCAACGCCGCCACGGUCCGGAUGUUCAACCCGCCCUUCGUCGGACACAUCGGCGCUGCCGCUUUCUUUGGAGCAGUGCUGACGCUGCUGUACGGCGCCGGAGCUUACCUGUCCUACCUGGACUGGAGGGCCGAUGGAGGGAACGCCGCCACCAGCACUGUGCCCACUUAGGACCACCAGAACCAGGACCACCAGAACCAGGCCUUCACAUGGACCCAGUAAUCAUCUGAGCUCAGCAAUCCGUCUAAUUCUCCAGACUCGUCAUCUUGCUUUGAUAGAAAAGGAAACGCUGGAGAUCUUCCUCAACCUGAUGAAGAUCUGAUCGGACCAGAUCAGAACCGAACCACCAACUGGUUCAGAUCUGGUCCGAUUCAUGUUUUCUCUCAACUCCAGCUCAGGAAUCAUUUCUCAAACCUUUUGACCCGUUUGGGUUUGAUUCUCAGCUUUCCGAUAAUCCUGAAGCUAAACGCUGAGUGAAGGGUUGCUCCACCGUUUACCGAAUGGACCGGUUCCGCCUGAACGUCUGGAUCUCUGUUUACAGGCAGCGACUGACCUUUGACCUGGAACUAGUUCAUCAUGGCUCUAUUUCAGUCCAGAUGCUGAAGGUUCUGGAGGAAACGGGGAAUUUCUCCUCCAGGAUCAAAAUGUUUAAAUUUGAAUCAUAAAAAACUUUUUAAUUCCCAGAAAUGAUGAUUUUUUAAUCUGAAAUCCAAGAAACCGAACUAUGUUUUAAUAAUUAGCCACACCUUAAAGAUGAUCACAGCAAAUUCCAGCCACUCUGUUUGUGACCCCGAAGUGAAAACUCUGUGGAAGGACGACCUCAGGCUCAGCCGCCAACGAAUCCAGUGAACCUUCAGGCUGAUGGUGGCUGCACAUGAAUCACUGAAGAUUUUGAAAUGAAGUAAAAAUCUGUGAAUAAAACCAGUUAAAGGAAAGAAAGUCGGCAGCUUGAUGAUAAAAGUUUAAAUUAUUUGUGUUUAGAUCAAAUGUUUGGUUUGUUUUUCCUUCAUUUUAAAUGAAAAUGUUUGUUUACACAGAAGGAUCUGAUCCAGACGUUCAUGUUUUCAUUUAUGUUUUCACUGUAAUCAGAUUUUUAAAGCUCAUUUUAUGAAACAUUUACAAUAAAGGACUCUAAGCUUUCAGUCAA